CCACUUGAACAACCAAGUAGUUUUUCAGGGCGCAUUCCCCGGCAGCAAUGUGGAGGGAAAGGGCGACGGCGUCCAGUUGAACGUUUUUAUACACGUUUGUGAUCCAGCUCUGUAGCUGCGGGUUUUUUUUUGGAAGCGCUUUUAAUUCGUUUUAAAACACCGAUCGCUGGUUCUUCACAAGGAAAAAAAAAGAGUAAGCGAGCGAGAAGUGAGGAAAAAACUGCAGCCUGAACGUCUCGUGUGUGUGUUUUUUUUUUUUAGAAGAAGAAGAAGAAGAAAAGAAAAAACGCGAACCAUUGUUUCCUCACACAUGGAUACUAGGAGAUGAAAGCGGACGUGGAUCCGGCUGUUGAGUAAAAAUCCUCUCGCUCGACUGGACUGUAGUUUGUGUGGUUUCCGGGGCUCUUGUAGCAGGAGGAGACGCUCCGCGCAACAAGGACGCGCGCACAGGGGGCCACAAGUUGUCCGCGCGCGCUGCGACGGAGACCAAAACUUUGCCAAGUUUUCUCCGCGCAUCCGGUCGCCGACGACAAACAUCCAUCAAUAUUUCGUAGCUGCGUCGUAACUUUAACUGUGGAUUAUUACCGCGAGGCUCGUCAUGGACCGCAGGAGCACGUUCAGAGGAUGAUAAGGGUUUCUUCAGACAUGAACUAUUUCUUGUAGUUGGUUUCUUGCUGCAGCGACGCGUUUGGACUGCACUGAUCUUUAAAAAAAAAGUUAGUUUGUUUAUUGCCAGCUGUUUUUUUUCCUUUUCUUUCUACCACCUCGAAAAUUAUCUAUUCUGCAAAGAUGCCACAGUUGAACGGAGGCGGUGGGGAUGAUUUGGGGGCCAACGAUGAAAUGAUAUCUUUCAAAGACGAAGGCGAGCAGGAGGAGAAGAUAUCGGAGAACGUGUCAGCGGACAGGGAUUUGGAUGAUGUGAAGUCCUCCUUAGUGAACGAGUCCGAAAACAACAGCAGCUCGUCCGACUCGGAGCAAGCGGAGAGGCGCCCCCAAACCAGACCCGACUCAGAAAGUUACGAGAAAGCGAGAGACUACUUCAACGAAGCCCUGAGGAGACAGCAAGAUGGUGGCUUCUUUAAGAGUCCCCACUACCCCGGAUCCCUGUUCUUCAUGUUCCAAGACCUUUACAACCCUUCCUUUUCCAACGUGUGGUUGUCUCCGGGGGAGAGGUCGCCCGCCAUUUUCCUCCGAGGGGGCCUCUAA